CGAGGAGUAAGAUGAUGAGUAUGUACGUAAAUGACUGAUCAGUUACUUUACAUGGUAACCAAAAUGUUGGUUGUUGUCUAAUCUGAUGCGUGGUUAUGGACGGAUUCUUCUAGGUGUGGUUUUUUAAAGCCGCACACGCGAAUCUGGGGAUAAACCACAACAGAGCCUUACAGGUAUGAUAUCCGAUGGGAAGACAGGCAGACUGGACCCCUGAUUUAGUGCAGUAUCUUCAUCCAGAUCCCAUUUCUCCCAUUGCCAACCAAAACCCAUCCGCCACAGUGUUUCCAGCAGCGGCAACCCCCAAAGUAUAUAAUCUCCAGGGUCGACGGCGAAGAGCUGAAAUGUCAUCAGUAGAUAGUCAUCCAACAGAUAUUAGAAAUAGUGGCUUACCAGACAUUACCCCUGAGCAACAGCCGCUAUCUCCUGACCCCUGAUGAUAAUCUCCAUCACCACAGUGAUGAUCUUUUUACCAGCCUCCAAGAUUG